UUGGAUCGAACGCUACGUUCUCUACGAAGCAGUGCUCUCUACAAAUUAGGAAUCCUUAUCAAACGCGAUGGCUAACAACGAUAACGUUAAAGCGCUCACAGAAAUCACUGGGCUCAAAGACAACCAGGCGCUAAACCUGCUCACAGCGUACAAUUACAAUCUUGAGGCGGCGAUAAACGCCUUCUUCGAGAACCCGGAGGGUAUUCUCAAUCCGGAACCGGCCGUUGUGAUCGAUGACGAAGACAGCGGUUCCGGGCCGUCGUCCGGUUCGAAUCGUAAUGCUAUCGCCAGCGACGACAACGUGCGCGCUCCUAUACCUCGAAAGACGGAGAUCUUGCUGCCGCAGAUUGAGGUGAACCGGGCCCGGUUGGGUAAGCGGCGUGGGGCCAUCAUCACGGAGGUGCCGUUCCGGAAUUUCGAGCUCGAGGGACGCAUCCAGGAGCAGAUGCUGAUGCAGCAAGGGCAGGGCCCAUCGGCUAAAAAAGUGACUAGGCUCGAGGCGCUGUUUAUGCCGCCAUUCGAGAUAAUGUUUUCUGGUGGGUUCGAUCAAGCGCAACGGCACGGUAACACGGUUGAUCGGUGGCUGCUCGUCAACCUGCAGGAUGAUCUGAGCUUCAGCUGUCAGACGUUGAAUCGCGAUCUUUGGUCGGACGCGCGGUUGAAGGAGUUUAUGCGGAUGCAUUUAGUGUUUUGGCAGCAAUCGAACAAGACGACCGACGGAGCUAAGUUUAAAGCAUUCUACAAGGUCCAUUCGGAGCCGUACAUCGGCAUGAUCGACCCGCGGACGGGCGAGGAGGUGCGGAAUAUGUCCAACGUUGACCUCUCGCCAGCGCGGUUCCUCGACGCGUUGAAAGAAUUCAUGAUCGAGAGCAAAUCGCCCCACGGAAAGGAGAUCAACGUGAAAAUGGAGUACAAACUUGGCAUGGGUCCGUCAACAUCCGCGAACGGGUCCAAAAGUUUGGCUCAAAGCAGCGCUGCAGGAAGCAGCGGUCAGAGCAGCAAACUCCCCCAACCCAAUACGACGGAGGUCGCUGGAUCGAGUAAAAACCGAUGGUCCGCAGUGAUCGACGAUGACGAGGACGAUUUUCAAGAGAUCACCGACAGUGAGAGCGAUAGUGAAGAGAACGAUCGAUCUCGACCAGCUGGUGACAACAAAAGCACCAGAAACAAGACCGCCAAGGAUGAUCCCGUACCGACCACAUCAGCAGCCGCGUUACCGGUGAGACAGAAGGAUGUAGAAGACGACCAUGCCAAAGGCUCAAACAGCUCAAAGGAUGAAGAAAUCCAGGAGAAACAGCCCUGGGAAAUGGAAAAGUCCGACAUUCGGAACUCGUCCGAAGACAGUGCUGUUUCCCCGGCGAAGGCGCUCAGUUCCGACUCAGAGUCCAGUUUGGUGCCGGAUCAGAAAACGAGAAUCCUCCUGAAGAUGCCUGGCAACGUCACGGAACGGUUAUUUUUCCGGAGCACACGCACACUCGAGCAGGCGAUGGCAAAGCUGCGUGAAAAGUACGACAAGCAUUUUCACCCUCGGGACAACGGCAGCGUUGCAGUGGAUGUGCGAUUUUUCUGCCAGGCCAUUAAAUCAGAUCUGUCUUCGCUCGAUCCCCUGAAAACGCUGCUCGAGCUGAAGAUUCACCCGAACGCUGUGAUCCACGUGACUACGGACGACUAAAUUCAGAAUAUCAAAAGUUCCGCUGAUAAGAUAAACACGAUUCCAAUCAAUGAUCCUUCCUAGGUUUCCUAAUCCCUGCCUCCC